AUUUGAUCGAAUAUUAUUUACUCGUGUAUAAAAUGUGCUGUGCUAAAAAAUAACGAUCGUAUACAAAAUAAUAAAAAGCAAAUACAAUAGUUUUUAAUAAAAUAAAUAAAACAGGAAAAAAGUUACUAAAAGAGAGAGUUUUGCUACGGAAUCAAUGUUAUUCGCCGUAUUUUGCGUGUUGUUUAUAAACGGUGGCAUACAAAGUAUAACAGCUGGAGCACCUGAACGCUCGACGGUGCCAUUAUGUUGCCCUGCCACCGGUUGGAAAUUAGCCAGAAUAUCACGAGGUUUAUUUCGUUACGACGACUAUACUUGUAUUCCGCCAAAGGCGGUUAGCAUGCCAGAAACACUUGAUGUUGAGAUUGUACCAUUUCAAAAGAGUUCGCCUGUCUUCGGAUACGGUAUACUGGAACCAAAAUAUCAUCCACAGAUCAAUUCCACCAUACCAAUGUGCGAGGGUAAAAGCUUUGUGGAAUAUACAAUAGAUGGAGACUUUGAAAUUCCGCCAAUAUCAUCAUGUCUUAUGGGGGUGGCUGAGGAUCGUGUGGCAGCUAUUUCCUGCGUUUCAGAUUACAGCGACAAGAAGCAGCCAAUAAGUUUUAUACACAAAUGCUGCCCCAACAACUACACAUAUGAUAGUAGUCAGCGCAAAUGUGUGAAGGCUCCUGCAAAUUAUCAUUUAUAUAGAAAAUUGUUUAAAAACUAUGCGAUUUUCCAUGCAAAUUCUCUGGCCUGCCCACGCAAUAAAGUUUUGGUUGAAUAUCAAUUAAAUGAUUUUAAAUUUUCCAUUGAUAAUGGUCAAUUAUUUUUGAGAAGUUUAAAUAAGAAAUUUGACUUUUCGGAGUAUUGUAUAGAGGCGGUGGCACAAAAUGAUGGCGGAGAUAACUUAUUACAGCCCUCAAACAUGUUAAGGCGAGAACAACAGUUUCUUAUACGUACUUGUGAUGAUAUACUGACAGUAUGCCGUCGCAUCCCAUGCAUUAGGAGAUGCUGCAAUGAUGGUGAAAUGUUUACAAAGGGAAAUGCUACCUCAUACUGCCGACGUGAUGAAUCUGAUACAACUUAUCACAGUUUCGAAAGUCUGGAGAUUAGUGGGAAUUUUUCUAAACCACCAGUUUUUGGAAUUUUACGCAGCUUAGAUUGUCUCAAAUAUCGUUUAGAUCCGGAUGCUUAUGCCGACGAAGCCCACACGAUUAGCGAACGUGAUGGAUCUCUGUAUGUGAUGGCCUCCAAGAAAUACUACACAAAUGCACAAUAUUGCGUUGAGAAAAUACGCAACGCCUCGUGGGCCGAUCAAAAGUUGUACACAUUUCUUUGCUUCGAUUCAAAAGUGGUUGGCAACGAUCGAAUACGCUUUAAGGUCUACACCAUUGGUCUAUUGAUUUCAUGUUCAUUUUAUGCCAUCACGCUAUUGGUCUAUUUGUGUAUAGCGCGAUUGCGUAAUUUACCGGGAAAGAUAUUGAUCUGUUUGGUGAGCAGUUUGUUUACGGCAUAUUUGGGAAUAGCCUUGGGUCAAUUGAUGCCAACGCCAAAUGACACUAUAUGUUUUUCAUCAGGUUUCUUUAUUUACUUUUGUUUGAUGGCGGCGUUUUCUUGGAUGAAUGUCAUGUGUUUCGAUAUCUGGCAGACAUUUGGAUCAGCUAAAAAGAAGCAUGGAUUUAAAAAGAAUCAAACUAAACGAUUUCUGUUGUACUCUUUGUACGGAUGGGGUCUACCAACGCUGAUAACAGCUAUAACGGUAACUCUAACAAAAACUGAGGUUUUAAGCGAAAAUAUUCGACCAAAUUUUGGACAUGGAAGAUGUUGGUUUACAUAUGAUUCUCCCGGUUCGGCAAAUCUAUUAUUUUUCUCCGGUCCGAUUGGCUUAUUGUUUCUCAUCAAUUUCAUUCUAUUCAUUUUAACACUGCGCUAUUGCAAUCGUGUUAAGCGUGAAAUCUUUCGCAUGCAAAGUUCGAAUAAUGAGAAACCUGUUCUGCGAAGGCGUUUCUUUGUGGACAAGGCCAGAUUUGCCAUGAAUACGAAACUAUUCGUAGUAAUGGGCAUAACAUGGUUCUUAGAACUCUUGAGUAUUUUAUUUUACGAUCACAAAAAGAUUUUCUUUUGGGCCAUCAGUGAUUCGUUUAAUGUUUUACUCGGAGUGUUUGUCUUCUUUAUAUUCGUAUUUAAGAAACGAGUUUGGCAUUCGGUUCUGGAGAAGUUUGGUUUGCGAACGAGCGAAUCAUUGAAGAAUGGUCCAGCCGGAACUGGUGCUACUCAUUCCACUUAUACUCAAAAUAAUAUAUCGAUGACACGCCUGAAUGUAAUCGAGGGCCACACUACCCUAUUAAGCCCAAAUGCUGCACGCCGUAUGCCGACUAUGUAGACUGAGAGGAGUUUACAUUUCUAUAGUGCUUUUGUAAAUACUUUUUAUUACUGUAUAUUAUUUUUCUUCUUUUUAUUAAUUUUUCAUUUAUGUGCCAUUAUUAUUUAUUUUUGUCUCACAUUCGAUAUUUUUCCUUAUUUCAUGAAAUCAUUGCAUCAUUUAACAUUGAGAACAGUGAGAUUCCAAUCAGAAAGUAUUUAUGUAUUUAAGUUUAUUGUUUUGUUAAACAUAUUUAAUUAUAUGAAAGUAAUUACUACUCUAUUUUAAUAUUUCUGAAAACGUUAGACUAUUAAAAUUUAACAAUUCAAAACAUUAUUAGAGAUUUACAUGGUAUCCUAUCAUAUCAUAAUGUAGAACAUUAUUUCACAAUUCACGGCUCGGAUUAUCCGACUCUUAGCAGUUAGUUACGACAGAACAAUAAACAUAGCAAUAACAACAUAUUUAAACCAUUGUGAAAUAUUAGCACAUUAUGGCAAUAUGACAUGAUAGGAUACCUUAUGAAUCCACUAAAUAUUUCGAAAACGUCUUUUCUAUUCAGUAGAUAAUAAGUAAUAUACAUAUACUUUCAAUUGCGUUUGGGGAUACUAACUAAUCCUUAAAUUUCUUCAAAGAUCUUUACUUGAUAUCGGCUUUUAUAUUAAUUUUCUAUGGGGUCCAAAUGUUAUUGAUUUUCUUAAACCAGCCAGUACUUAGGAAUAUCUCAACAAUAUAGAUCAUAAAAGAACACAUAGGAAGAUAACUUAGUAGGCGUUAUUUUAAAGCAAUACAAGAACAUACAUUUUUUCCCUGAUCAUAUGAUUUACCUUUUUUCUAGAAUGCACGAAACCUUAAUCGUAAAACGAAAAUAAAAUCUUGUUUGUCUGCUUCUUGACCGCAAUGGAGAAGACGAAUGUGCCUAUGGGUGAGAGUAGUAUUUAACUAUAUUGCUAACAUUGGAGCAAAGUCACCAUUGGAGUUAUAUUACUUAUAUAUUCAAGAUUCGUUGAUUUCAAAAAAGAAUUACGAUUGAAAUAACCGAACUUUAGUCAGCCUGUCAUUAAGAUUGAAUUAUAUUUAAGGAAAGUAAUGACAAUAAAGUGGAUUAAAUUUUGUUUUUUAAAGCUGUAUUUCGAAUUACACAUUUUGUGAAUGUUGAUCGAUUAAAAUACAUUGGACAACCAAAAAGCAGGCAAAAGUCUAUGAAGAUUACUUAUUCGAAAGACAUUGUUACACGUAGUUUAAUUUAAUUUUUAAAAAUUCCCGAGAAUGGAAAAAAUCCCAGAAAACCACUGGUAAAUAGUUCAUCUCCUGAUUACUUGAUUAAGACACGAAAAGUAUUAGUCAGUGUUUUCACUGAUUCGGACUGCACUAAUAUUUAUUUUAAAUUUUUAAAUUAAACACUUAAGGCCUUAUUCAUAAACAAUUUUUGAAUUUGAACAACGUUUUAAAAUCAAAUUUUGUAUGGAAAUUUAGCAUGAAAACAUUGUUUAAAUUUAAUUUUUUUUUUAUGAAUAUGGGGGUUAAAAUAUAAUUGUAGCGACAUACGAUUAUAUUUUAACUGUAUAGUGGCCCUAAAGAUCAAUCUCUGGCAUUUACUUUCCAAGUAUAAUUUCAUUAAAAUUAUGUCCACGACUACGCUGUAGAUAGUUCAUACGGAAGGACCAAUUUUCAAUUACUCUUUCUAGCAUUGCUACCGGAAUGUCAUGAAUUACGCUAGUAAUGUUGGCUUCCAAUUCUUGAAUUGUAGCUGACUUAUCAACAAAGACUUUUGACUUCACAUAACCCCAAAGAACAAAUCCACAUGAUCUAGACCGCCAGCUACUACUAUUCAAGACUUGGAAGCCAACAUCCAAAUUUGUUAUUGUACUUCUUUUAAAAAUCAAUAACAAAUCCUCAAAAUAAUUUAUGCAAAUUUUAUUUUAGAAAGAAAAUAAGUCAAUAUCCUAACGGUUCAGCAAAUUUAAGGUUACAAAGUAAAUUGUAUGUCAAAUGAUGAAAUAUAAAGAAUUGACUUUUGCCAUUUAUUUAGUUCAAAAUUGGAAAUUUGAAUGAAUAAAACAAGUGAAGGUAAAGACUUUAUCAUGACUCUAUUUUGUUUUUGCAAAUAUUUUUGGUAAUGGAUGUUCUAAUAUUUUUCUAAAAACAUCCAGUACAGUUGUUUGGCAAUAUCAAGAAUUUUAAAUGAGUUUGAAAAAAGGAACUUAAUUUUUUUUUAUAUUUCUCACCCCAUUAACACGAAGUCUGGUUAUGCCUUUUUGUAUGAAAACUGUCAGUAUAACUUUUAGUUAACACAUAACCAGACUUCGUGUUACUGGGGGUCAGAGGUUUAAAAAUAUUUAUAUUAUUUUGGCAUAUUUAUUAAGAACUGGCUUCAAUAAUAAGAAAUUUUAGAAUGAGUAGAAUUAAUCUGUAUUCUAAACUCUACACGCCCGAUCAUAAAACGUGGGCAGAUUUCAAUGAAUAUAACAAUGUUCUAUUCAUUGAAAUCUGUCUAUAUGUUUGAACAAAUUGUACAAAGUUUUUCUAACACGAGAUGGUCAAUUUUGAUACCCUGUAUCACAAUUUGUAUUCUAAAAGGGUGGUCAUAAAUUUAAUUUUCUUAAAUCCAGUGCAAUUUUUUAAUAAAUCGCAAAAAACCAUUUAUGAUCCGAAUGAGGUGAAAUUUAAAAUAUAUAUUGUCCUUGAGAAGAAUAUAUGAAAAAACGUCAACAUUUUUCAAGGAGGGCAAGAUUUGUGGAGCUUCUGGAGAGUGAAUACAGGAUUUUUAUAUAAGUUUUUGAUAUUGGAGAAAACCUUAAGACUUAAGACUAAGAUUGAUAUUGUUUUUAAAAAAUUUGAUACCCGAUGUGAACUUUGAUAUGACUGGUCCCCAUUACCCCUAGGAAGCUGAACAACUGUAAAUCAACUCGAAAACAACUCAGCUCCAACCAUGUGAAAUUUCGGAACAAUAUCUCCAAUACGGAAUUAUUUAAAAAAAAAAACAUUCUUAAACCACUAUGCCUCAUUGGGCAAUCGAAAAUUCAGAUUUAUAACUUUUUUUUUACGAUUGACCCUUUCGAAAAACUUAAACAAUCUGUUGCUCUGCGAUUUUAAAAAUGUAUAAAAGAGCCCAACAUCAUAUUCCAUUAUUAUUUCUCAAAAUUCUACUUUAAAUUGGCAUCAAUAAAAAAUUGUGUUUUUAAACCAAUUGAAAGUAAUUCCUUAAGUUAAAUUUGACCACCUUGUAUCCCCAAAAAUUAAAGAUAGAAGAAUUUAAAUAUAAUGAAUCUGAUUAUAAGUAAAUCCCCCACAAUUUUACUAGAGUGAGAUUAUUAUGCUUUUAUUGUUUCACAAUAAGUUUUAUACAUAUGGAUGGAUGCUUCAUUUGACAAAUUAAUUAACACUAUUUUCAGACUAUUUUGGAUUUUAAUAUCACCUAUCAACUAUUUGUAUUCCAAAUAAAGUAAAUUUAAAACUACUAAAGGUAUUUACAGAUGACAAUACUGAGUGUAUAUUUUUCAAAUUAAAAAUAUUAAAUCCAAUCGGUUUGUCAAGAAAUCAUUUUGAAAAAUACAUUUCUUGUUUACAUGGUAGUUUCAAAACAUGAUACAAUAAUUAUAGAAGGUAGAAUCACUAGGGAGAGUUUUCAAUAUUUAGCCCUAUAACGUAAAACUUUGAUUUUGAUUUUUUUCAUAUUUUCUUUUGUUUGACGUUACAAGAAUUGUAUAAUUGAGAAUUUAUUUCCUACUGAGUAUACCUUAUAUUGUUGUGUCAUGGAUUC